AUGGCAGCGCCGCUCUUCGCGGCAGCCGAGGCGGGAGACGAGGCGGAGGUGCGCCGCCUGCUGGCGGCAGGCGCUCGGGCGGAUCAAGCCGCGGAUCAAGCUGUUGCCUCGGAGGUUGCCGACAGUGUUCGCUGGCUGCCGCUGCACGUAGCGAGCAGCAGCGGCCACGAGGGAGUGGUGAAGCUGCUUCUGGAGGCUGCUCCAGCAACGGCUUUGGUGGCAGACUCCCAGGGACGGACAGCCCUGCACCUUGCCGCGAGAAGCUGGAACGUUCCCAGCUGGUGGCCCCCAGCCGCGACCGUGGCAGUCGUGCGCCUGCUGCUGUCGGCGGCACCCGCCGCAGCCGCAAUGCUCGACGUAAACAAGCAGGCCCCCAUUCACCAUGCCGCCUCCCGCAGCAACACGGCAGCCGUGCAGCUGCUGCUGGAGGCGGCACCAGAGCUGGCUUUUGCACCGCACGCUUUUGGCGAGACGCCUCUGCAGCUUGCGCUGGGUCACGGCUACCAACACACACCAGAGCAUUAUGUGGAGACAGCGCGCUGCCUGGUGCGGGCUGCGCCAGCGGUGCAGCCUUCCCUGGACAUCCUGCUGCACGCUGUGGCAGCCAGCUGA